UUUCUACUUUGAAUCUCUUGCAAGCCUUCUGAACCCAUGUGUUUUUUAACACCCACUUCCCAGUUAGUACAAUUCAGUUUCAAGGCUUGGAAUUUGGAGAAAUUAAGAAAAGAAAAGAAAACAAAAAACUGCAUAUUCUUCUGAAGUCUAUCAUAAAGUUUAAAUUUUAUUUUUACUAUGUCCUUUUUACUCUGUUGUUGUAGUUGCAGUUGUAGAAAUGAUGUAUGCAUAUGAGUCAUUUGAUGAAAUACGUAAGAGAAAGCAAAUGAGUUAAAUUAGUUUUUGUUUUGUUGUGUGUAUUUUUAUUCACAUGCUAUGGUUUUUUGGAUUUUGGAAUUUGGUAGUGGUAUUGCUCUAGUGGACAGGGAAUCUUGAGAGAUUGAAAUUGCAGGUUUGUUUCUUUCUGGGAUCAGCAGCAAGUGGCAGAGCUAUCAGAAAAUUCAGAUGAAGCUCAACAAGAAGAAACACCAAUUUAGAGUUAGAAAGGAACCAAAUCCAAAGAGUACUAUCCACCACAAAAACCUAUAACAAACCCCAACCCCAAUUUCAAGAAGGGAAAAAUAUUCUGAAUUCCCAUCACCAAAAUUUUGAGCACAAAACACCCCAUAUAUGAUAUAUGAAAUAGGCUCAGAGACAGAACAGAAGAAGAACCUUGUUUGAACCAAACCACAGAGCAUAUAAAAGUGGUGUGUUAUUAUGGGAAUGAAGAGCACUGGGGGAGAGAUUGUUCAAGUCCAAGGUGGUCACAUUGUUCGAUCCACCGGCCGGAAAGAUCGACACAGCAAGGUUUACACGGCGAAAGGGCCGCGUGACCGUCGAGUUAGGCUCUCGGCACACACUGCAAUCCAAUUCUAUGAUGUCCAAGACAGGCUUGGCUAUGACAGGCCAAGCAAGGCAGUGGACUGGCUUAUCAAGAAAGCCAAAGAAGCCAUCGACAAACUCGCCGAGCUCCCUCCUUGGGAGCCUACACCUCCUCCUCCCACUACCAAUGAGGUGGAGGAGGAGCAGAAUGGAGGAUCAACUGACAUGGCAAUUGCAGAACAAUCAGAGUCUUCUGGUUACAAUUUUCAGCUUCAAAGGCAACUUGGUGAAGACCCUGAAAACCAACACCACCACUCAGCAUUCAUUCCUUCACCUAUUGACACUGAUGGUGGCAUAGCAUUUUUCCCAACAACGUCUGCUGCUUCCUCCAUCAAUUUCCAGAGCUACCCUCCUGAGAUAAUCUCAAGGACCAACAACUCCUCAGAGGAUCUUGGACUUUCCCUUCAUUCUUUCCAAGAUUCUGGCCUAAUUCAUCAUCAUGGACAGUCACAACAAGGAGCUGGUGCAGAUCAUCAAAACCCUUCUUCAAAUGACCAAACACUCUUUGCUAACUACCAGAGAAUGGUGGCCUGGAACAGUGAUGCCGGAGGCACGCAAGCCGACAUGAACCGUUCCGGUUUCAUGGUGAAUUCACCUGGUUUUUCUUCUGCUUUUUCUCAUCAUCAACAAAGGGGUACCCUUCAGUCCAGUUUCUCACCAUCACUUCGCCCUUGGAGUGAGAUUCCUCAAAUGGCUUCUUCUAACGAGCAUCACCACAACCACAAGUCUCAGCCAAUCCAGCAGCAACACCAAGCUUCAAUCUUUGGAAGCCGGUUCCUCUCUGAUGCAUUGCCAGGGUUCUGCAUUCCUGCUAGGAUUCAAGGUGAAGAUGAGAGCCAUGGUGUUGGUUCUGACAGGCCUUCAUCUUCUGCUUCUCCUAAUUCACAUCACUGACACCAAAAGCAUUGAACUUCACAAUGGUGCAGUGUUCCCUAUCUAUCAGUAUCAGGAGCAGUGUCUAACUAGAUUUGCAAUCUUGGGGGAAGAUUAAGAUGAUGGGCACAUUUUGAUCAUCUACAAGACUUUCAAAUUUGUCUGGUUGGAUUCAACUUCCUUUUUUUUAUGGCUUUCUUUUCUUUCCCUUAUUGCAGGCCAAUUACACUGGUGUUUUCCCCCCUUCUAUAAUUAAUAGGGGGUUCCUUCAAAAGUUGUUUGAUAAAUUUGUGUAAUUAAAUCUUUAUGAAAGUUUGCUCAAUUAAUAUAGGGCUUUGAGGUGGAUUCCUUGGUCA